UGCCCUUUCACUCAAUCAAUCAAAAAUCAACACAAAUAACACCUUUAAUUUGUCCUCGUGCUUCUCCUUCCAUAUAAUUUCCUUCUCCAUUCAUUCACACAUGGUAGGGGACAAACAACCUUAAUUACUCCUCUUUAAAUGAUAUUGAGUCCGAUUAAUUCAAAUUCGCGCGAGUAAAGAUGGGAAGAGGUAAGGUAGAGUUGAAGCGGAUCGAGAAUAAGAUAAGCAGGCAAGUAACAUUCUCAAAGAGACGAUCUGGAUUGUUGAAGAAAGCAAAUGAGAUCUCCGUUCUAUGUGAUGCUGAUGUUGCUUUGAUUGUUUUCUCUACCAAAGGAAAGCUAUUCGAGUAUUCCUCCACUGACUCCAGUAUGGAGAGUAUUCUGGAAAGAUACGAAAGAUACUCAUAUGCAGAGAGAAACAUGAAUGCAAAUGAUUCUCAUCCCAAGGAAAGUUGGAGUCUGGAAUAUCCGAAGCUCAUGCCCAGGAUUGAACUUUUACAAAGAAAUAUAAGGCAUUACAUGGGUCAGGAUCUGGACCCUCUCAGUUUGCGAGAGCUCCAGAGUUUAGAGCAACAGAUUGAUACUUCAUUAAAGAGAAUUCGAAGCAGGAAGAACCAACUGAUGCACGAGUCCAUUUCUGAGCUGCAGAAAAAGGAGAAAGCGCUGCAAGAACAAAACAACUUUAUUACUAAGAAGCUGAAAGAAAACGAGAAGACACAACCCAACUCAUCCGGCCAAAACUCAGCAACUUUUCAUGUGCCUCCAUCACAGUCUCACCAACUUCCUAACCUAACAAUUGGGGGGGCGUUUGGAGGAAUGAACAGAGAUGGAUCAGGUCAGUCUCAUCAGUAUCCAGGUUCUAAUAAUAAUAAUAAUAAUAAUUCUUCCUUGAUUCCGCCAUGGAUGCUCCGACAUGUCAGCAACGAAGGGUGAAACGUAUAAUUAAUUGUAUAUGUUUUGUUCCAAUCAAUAUUAAUGAACCUUCCAGCUUGUGAUGUAUAAUUAGCUAAGCUAAUAAAAGUAUAAAACCUUUCAUCCUUCAAUUUUUAUCCAUCAUAUCGCUCAUUCCUAUAAAUUAAACAGAUUUAAGCAGCGUAGGCUUACAUUGUUGUAAUCGAUUUUAUAUAUAUGUUAUGGAAUCAAGAAUAUAUAUUAUAGAUAGUUAUUUAUUAUUUUAGGUUAGCAUUAUUCUGAGACGA